CUGUUUAUGCAUCCCAGGAUCACAUCAGCUCUUUCGGCCACAGCAUCACACUGGGAGCUCAUGUUCAGCAGAUUAUCCCCCCAUGACUGGAUGAUCAGAGUGGUCCCUUGUGGCCUUAGAGUCUAUAAAUAUUCCUCAACCAUCUAACCCAGAACCGUCUCCCAGAGCUGCCUCUUACCUUCCGGGCCCCCCAUCUUAUCAAUAAUUUUAACUGCCACUUUCUGCUGGUGCUUUUUUGAGAAGGCCUCUUUCACUUUUGAGUACGUCCCCUCCCCAAUGGUCUUGCCCAGCUGGUAGCCAUUGGAGAAUAAAAACUCCUCCAUCUCCUCUCUGAAUUUUGGACUGGUCAUUCUCUCAGGUCAUCCUGUAGAUGCUGGGAGAUGACAUCUCUGUGCUCUGCUUCUCUCCCUAACCAGGGCCUGCAAGAGUUGCAGCCCUGGACGCUAGAUCAUUUUCUUGCCUAGACAAAGUCCCGUGAUGACGGGGGCAGCUGGGGCGGGACAUUUUAAAACUUUCAGCCCCUAUUAUGAUGUAACCUUGUGUUGCAUGGGUCAAAGGGGUUGGAUUUGCACCAAUCAGGGGGCGAGCACCCCAAAUGGGCAGUUACUUAACCUGCCCACAACCCUGCACUGAGUCACUCCAGGCACAGCGAUGGGAUAAAUCUCCAGAGACCUAUUGGUGGGGAUUGUGGGUAAGGGGCUUCUAUAGCCGAGCGCUACACAGGCUUUGGCAUAACGAACAGACCCCAAAUAUUCCCCAGCCUGCUGCAGUAUGAUCACUAACUGUGCAGAUCUGACCAAGUUUUCAAGGCUGGAUCCAAGUGAAUUUGGGGGGGGGGGGGAAGGAUCCAGACCAGCCCUCAAAUGAAUACAAGGGCUGGGAUGUCUGUUGUUUGUAUUACAUAGUGCUUAACAAAACUACCUAGCUCUCAUCUAGCAGCUUUCAGCCAUAGAUCUCAAAGCACUUUACAAAGGUCAGUACAAUUAACCUCAUUUUACAGAUGGGGAAACUGAGGCAGAAAGAGGCAAGUGACUUGUCCAAGGUCACCCAGUGGCAGAGCCAAGAAUUUAACUCAGGCCUUCUGAGACACAGUCCAGUGCUCCAGCCCAUAGGCAACACUGCUUCCUUUCUCUAGGGAUCCUUUGUCCUGGGCAUUGCACAGACAUGGAACAAGUGACAGUCCCUGUCUCAAAGAGCUCACAGUCUGAGUUUGAUCAGAUGGACCUGGUUGGUCAAACAAAUUGGCAGGAUGGCUUUAUUUGUUUAGUUUCAGUUUCCAGGACAGGGUAAGAGUCCAGGGUGAGGGGCUACCCCAGAUCCCGCUCUAAACCCCACAUUGUAUCCCCACGGGGAUCAGCUUCCAGGAGGGAGCAAAGAUCAACCCCAGAUACAUCUCUGAUCUGGGCACAGUCAAGGAAGGGUCCUCCUCGUCAUGAGACCCAGAGCUUUUGGGGAAACCUGGGGCCAGCAGAGGCAGUUCCUCUGUUCACCUUCACAGCACGGUGGGGCUUUGACCCAAGACUAGCCCUAGAUGUGAACUAGGUCAGUCUUUUGUGCUGCUGCUGCCGCCCCUCAUGUUGACCAGUUGUCUCAUGGUUUCCUUGUGCUCCCCUAUCGGUCAUGUCUCGUGUUUAUACUUAGAUUGCAAGCUCGGUGAGGCAGGGCCUAGCUUUUUGUUCUGUAUUUGUACAGCGCCUCGCACAGGGUCCAGGACUGGGGCUCCUAGCUGCCACUGCAGUCCAAAUAAUAAAUCGUAAGCGAGAAGGCCUGGGCCUGAGUCUCGUGCCCGGCAGAAGGGAGAAGGUCGUACCCUGCCACUCACGGGUUGUAUUGUGAUGUCAGAGCAGCCCUUCCGUGUCACAAUGUAACAGCCUCCGUGCCUCCCACUGGCCCCCAUCACAUCUUGCCCUUUGCACUAGGCACUGCAGGCUGCCAGGUUUAUUCCUGGGAACCCUCUUGAGCUUUCAAGAAGUGAGCCUAGGCCAGAGAAGGGUGUGGCAGCUUGGGGCAGGGGUGGGCCUGAAAUCGUGAGCUCACCCUGCCCAGUCACACAGGUUCUGACCUUGGUCCUUCUUUUACUCAGACAGGUCUGGGGCUAGGACAUGAGCUCCCAGGAGACCCCACAAGCUCGGAGAUUCCCCAUAGAGGCAGGAGAUUCUCCCAGCCUGGCAGCUGCUCCAGAGACCCAAGAGCCAGUUGCCACUGAGCACACUGCAGCAAGGCAGCUGAGAAGAUGCCCCGGGUGCCACUGCCUGACCCUGCCCAACGUUCCUAUUGACGUUUACAUUGCCAUGGGCGGGAACAGGAGGCCACGGACCACCUAACGGUUCCCCCGAGUUGGGCUCGAGCGCUGAGACCGCCGAGCUGGUCACCCGAAACACCCUGACAGCUGGAGCACCGCAAAGGACGCCGCCACACAAAACAGUGACGCACAUUUUAAUAAA